AUGCCAGCUACCGCUACAGUUGCUUUGGCAUACGGGCCUAUUCUCGUUGGUGGAUGCGUGGCUUUUCUGCUCAGCGGCAUCGUGGCAGUUCAGUGUAUAAUAUUCUUCAAACUCUACCCCGACGAGUCAAGGCUGAAGACGGGGUUGGUUGCGGGCGUCUGGACACUCGAUGUCGCCCAAACCGUCUUUAUCAUUGCGUCCUUUAUCGACUACUUCAUUGUCCAUUUCGGUGAUAUGGCGUUCUGUCAAAUCAUUCCUUGGUCCAUUGCCCUCACAAUCCUUUUAACUGCUUUGCAAACCUGCGUUGUACACUUAUUUUAUGCCGCGAAGAUCUAUCGCUCAAGCGCGGGAAACUGGUUCAUAACUGCACCAAUCGUUUUAUUUGCCUUUCUACGCGUUGGUGCCGCAGUCGCCGCUACGGCAGAGAUGUUGCGGAUCAGACGCUGGGUUGCGUUUGAACACGGAAUCCCCCACUUCCUAUUCACAGCCGGGCUGACACUCUCAGCCGCCACCGAUGCUAUAAUCACCCUCUGCCUGUGUUACUAUCUACGUCAAAUCCGGAGAAUAUCGACCUCGUCUGUAAUGGACAGUGUUCUCAAUAAGCUAACACUAUAUACGCUAGAAAACGGUUUCGUCACUUUUCUCACGACCAUGGCUACCUUACUCUUGUGGUUAUUCCUUGACAAUACUGGCAUUCCGCUUGCGUUGCAUUUCGUCCUUGGAAAGCUGUACCCCAACUCACUACUCGUUCUUCUAAACACGAGAAAGUCUCUGCGCGAAAUGCAUGCCGGUGACCCUGGCAUUGCCAUCCAGCCACAUACAGAUUCGACCCACCAUCUUGCCGCAUACUAUGCUCUCUUCCCUCACCGAGCUCCCCUAACUUCUCACCAUGAUCAUGUGGUAACAACUCCAAUGUCUUCGUUUCCUUAUGGCUAUCGUCCUCCGAUCAAAAUGCAUAGACAGGCCCCCGUCGUGGAAGUAAGGGUACAGAAAACAGUGGAAACCACCACUCGUGAUCUUCGGAGGCAUCGCAGGCACUCUGACAGUCUCUCAACCCGAUCGGAUUCUCCAGACGUCAUUGAUAUCCAACCGACUCGAUUACCACCCUCGGUUGUCAGACCAGAUGCACGAUAUGUGUUCCCUGCCUCGUUCACGACACCGCCGGCAUCUGAGCCUGCAGGACUGCUCACAUCUGACCUGUUUACGACCAUCACCCUCGCCGCCAUCUGGCAGAGAAUCCAUUGUCUUGUGGCCGCCAACACACAUGGUGCUCUUGAAUAUGAACCCGUUCUCAUAAAAGUGAAGCUGCGGGGAGGUUUCCCCCAGCCGACAAUUGUUAUGCGACCCGUGUUUGGCGUGAUUGGCCUCUUGUUUUGUCUCUUGACCAGCUGUGUUUGCGCUACUCGGUUGGAUCGUCGGGAUACACCCUCUUGGACCGGUCCACUCAGCACUCGAGGACGCUAUGUUGUCGACGCAAACAGAAAUCGCUUCAAACUGCGUGGUGGGAACUGGCAUGGGGCAAGUGGUACCUAUGAGGGGUCUGGAGACAUCAACGACGAUGCAAACCACCACUCAGGCGAAAAUGCACAUACCAUGCCGCUCGGUCUGCAAUAUGUCCCAAUUGACAAGAUCAUCGACUCCUUCGUCGAGCUUGGAAUCAACACUAUUCGCCUUCAGUUCUCCAACGCCAUGAUUCACGACAACACAAUUGUGAACGAUGACUGGGUUGCAGCGAACCCGCAAUUCAAGGGCAUGACCUGUCUGCAAGUGUACGACGCUGUUAUUACCACCCUAACUGCCCGUGGCAUAGCUGUCAUCAUCAACAACCACACCAAUACAAGUAUUUGGUGUUGUGGAGUGGAUGGAAAUGAGCGCUGGGACGAGUCGCAGAGCUUCGCGACCUAUGCUGCUGACUGGGUCUUCAUGGUCAACCGAUACAAGAGCAACAAACGGGUGGUCGGUGCAGACCUCUAUAAUGAAGUCCGCCGGGACAUUACCACUGAUCCAAACUGGGGGAGUGGCGGGGAUGCGGACUGGCAGCAAGCGUCUCAACGUGUUUCUGACCAAAUUCUGACCGCCAACCCUGAUAUCCUCAUCAUCGUCGAGGGCAUCAACUGGGUUGGUCUUCCUGUCGAUGGCUUUUCGCACGGUCGGCCGACUCUCAUUCCUGUUGCUCAACUCUCGCAUACUACACUGGUUCCUCACAAGCUUGUCUACUCUGCGCACUUUUAUUCGUACACCGGCCCUAACCACAGCGGAGCAACAGGCAUUGGCGAAACAAGCGAUCCUCGCUACCGAGAUCUCAGUCGGAACGAUCUUUUCUCUGUCCUCCAAAGCUCGGCCUUAUACGUUGCAUUGACUGCAUCUAUGCACUAUACUGCCCCUGUUUGGAUCAGUGAAUUUGGGAUGGAAGGCCGUGCGGAUAGUCUUGACUUAGACCACGCUUUCUGGCAGAACUUCGUCGACUACCUCGUCCAAACGGAUGUUGAUUACGCGUUUUGGCCGUUGGUUGGGUACCUCGAUGCAUCGACUGGGGCUGGCAAUGGCUGGGCAUUAAUGAACUGGGAAAAACUCGCCGGUGGUGGUAAGCGCAUAGGGUUGUUUGACGGCGACGACUGGCGGGCUUCCGGCUGGCAGGAACUCACAAAUGGGGCCUCCGCCACUGGGCAAAUCGCCUCCGUCUCAGAGUGGAAACAACUUAGUCUUGAUCACGGAGACUUCAUUCAGUCGCAAUUUGCCCGUGCGAACCUGGGUGAUUGGGACAACGGUGCUUCGAAAGCGCAAUGUCCCGACAAUCUCCGUCUGAUUGGCCUCUCUCGUGGCUCGAGUCGUGGCCUAUGCACUGAUGUUGGGUUUGGUUCACUCUGGAACGCAGACCAUGCGUCGGAGGUCGUCUUCGACGAGCGACACGUGACCAAUGACUGGGCAAGCGGCUAUACGAAAUACACAUGCCCAUCCAACUAUUUCGUUUCCGGGUGGGCAAUACGUGGGUCCAAGGUGUCGACCGUGAUGUGUGCACAUGCCAACAAAACGCUUGGAACCAACGGUCGGACGGUCUGGUUUGAUCAAGGCGACAAUCGCGCGGACCAACUUGGAGGUGAUUUCGCGGUGCAGCAAUUCAAGGGCAGCUGUGGAACCAACGAGUAUAUUGGCGGCGUAGCGUUUACAACUAGGAUAGGUAGCAAUGGCGCACCGGCCUCGAUCUACUGUGUUUCUUAG